UUAAGGUUGCCGACCCUGCGCCAAUUGUUCGGGGAAGUGUUGCCGAAUUUCCCAAUUCAAGAUACACCUGUCUUCUAUCCAUCUCCCACUCCUGCAUCAACACCAUCUAGUCCGAACAACAACACGUAACCGCAACCAUGGAUAGCGUCGAAGUCUUCCACCAACUCCCCCUCACCAUCGACCCCUCCACCAAAGCCCUCGCCUCCACCGAUCCCUCCCUCGCCGCCGAAAUCGAAGAAGUCAACAAACUCCACCGCGCCCUCCUCUCCCUCGACACCCCCAACCAAGUGCCCCCGCCCCCCGCACCCGUCAACCCCAAGCGCUCCGUCCAAAUCGGCAAAAUGCGCGAAACGGGCAACGCAUCCUACAAGAAGGGCGCCUACGCCGACGCAAUCAAAAUGUACGACCUGGCCAUCCGCAUGGCCUCUGAGCGGCCGACGUGGGAAGCGGCCGGACUAGUGCGCGAGGAACUAGGAGCACUCUAUAACAAUCGUGCGCAGGCGAAUAUGGGGCUGCAGGCGUGGGCGGAUGGAGCGGUGGAUGCGGAGACGAGCGUGGAGAUGAAGCGCUUGGGAAAUGUGAAGGCUUGGUGGAGGCGGGGGCAGUGUUUGAAGGAGAUGGGGCGGUUGGAGGAGGCGGUUGACUGGGUUGAUACGGGGUUGGAGUGGGAGAGGGCGGGGCCGGAGAAGAAUGGGCUUGGGGAGUUGGAGGCUUUGGCGAGGGAGUUGAGGAAGGCGCUUGGGAGGGAUUGAGCAUAGGCCGAGGGUUGCGAAGAAAAGGAGAUACGCUGAGGGGUAUUUGGUCGCGACGACAUGCAACUGCACGGCGGCAUUCGAUCAAUCCUUGAACUUGGUCGGGACAGGGUGUCUUGCAGGUACCAGCUGGGGUUUGAUCAAGGACGUGGAGCUCCUACGCCUUCAUCUUUCACGCCAUCCUCGAUGUCAUCCUGGCCAUGCUGGUCAUCCUAUCUGUCAAAGAGAGAAAAGACAGGAGGGGGCGAUUUUCGAUGGCAAGGCGGGUCUUAGCGAGCAGACUACGAGGUGGACGAAGAUGUUGGAUGUUACGAUGGAGAGUGAGGACUACUCUAUUGGUUGGUCGUAGAUUUCUCGGCGAGAGCGAGAGCGAGAGCGAGUGCAGCUGCAUUAGUGCUGGGCGCGACAGGCAGGGCUGAGACUCCCCGCCUCUGACUCCCCUCAUCGCGCGCAGGCAGAUAGGACCUUCAAGUACUUCAACGUGCCUUCUUUAUUGU